AUGUUGAGUGAUAAAAGAGAAUGCAAUAAGAGUAUCGAUCUAUUCGAAAUAUAAAAAAUUGAUGGUAAUAUAUAUUAACAUGAGGUAAAUAAUAAUAAAAUAAAUUAGAUUUCAUAUGAAUCUGUUUUGAUAAGUGAGAUGGUUAAUCACUAUUUGUCGAAUGUUUGCCCCAUUAUUGAGAGUCAGAAAUCUGUGUAAAAUUAGACUUAAGGUUAUCCAAUUUUUCAUAGCUUGCUCAUAAAGUUGCUAUUUGCCAUUUCGAAUUCAAUAAUCGAGUUAUUGUGA